AUGACCGUCACUGAGUUCAAGAACCCCGCCACCACCGCCAUCCUGGAGGCGGCCAAGGCCCGCCGCUCCAUCUACACCCUCAAGGCCGAGAGCCCCAUCGCCGACGAGGCCAUCGAGCAGCUCGUCCAGCAGGCCGUCCUGCACACCCCCAGCUCCUUCAACACCCAGACCGGCCGUAUCGUGCUCCUGCUGAAGGAGGAGCACCAGAAGCUGUGGGACAUCGCCAUCAGCGCCCUCGAGGGGCUGGUCGCCGCCGGCCAGGUGCCCAAGGAGACCUUUGAGACCCAGACCAAGCCCAAGCUGAACGCCUUCCGCAACGGCUACGGCACUGUCCUCUUCUUCGUCGACUACGAGUCCCUGGCCCCCAUCAAGGAGAAGUUCGCCAUUUACGCCGACAACUUCAACCCCUGGGCUCUCGAGUCCAACGCCAUGGCCCAGUACUUGAUCUGGACCGCCCUCGAGUCGGAGGGCUUCGGCGCCAACCUCCAGCACUACAGCCCCCUGAUCGACGAGCAGGUCGCCAAGCAGUGGAACCUCCCCGCCUCCUGGAAGCUCGACGCCCAGCUGGUCUUUGGCACCCCCACCGCCCCGGCCGGCGAGAAGGCCUUCGCGCCCCUCGAGGACCGCUUCAAGGUCUUCGGCAAGUAG